AAAAACUAAGAUAAAAACGGCAUCUUAUUAUUACCAGGCUUCCAGUAGUCAGCCACUGUGCAGAGCUUCUAUCUCUUUAUUGUUUUAACUAGUUCUGUCAAUAUUGAAUAAUGCUUAGCAGUUAGAGCACCAUCUCUCUUUCUGUAACCCUAGCAAUUGCAGAAUCAUAGAAUCUCAUCAUCAGUUACAGCUUCAAAAAUGACGACUACUUCCAGUAUUUCGCCGCCACCGUCACAACCGCCGGAGGAAGAUGCCUGGAUUCAUUCUUACCGAGAAUUGCUUCCUCAAUGGCAAUCUCUUACCCUCUCUCGCCAGUCAACAAUACCAAUUUCAAUAUCUAGAGUUAAUCAAUUUGAUGCUGCAAGAUUGGAUAUUGAAAUGUCAGCUAUGUUAAAAGAGCAAUUAGUAAAGGUUUUCUCUCUAAUGAAGCCAGGAAUGUUAUUUCAAUAUGAGCCAGAACUUGAUGCUUUCCUUGAGUUUCUUAUUUGGAGAUUCUCUAUUUGGGUAGAUAAGCCUACUCCUGGAAAUGCUCUGAUGAAUCUGAGAUACAGAGAUGAACGUGCGGUGGAACCCAGAGAAAAAGUCAGAACAGGUUUAGAAGGACCUGGACUUACUAUGGCACAGAAACUUUGGUAUUGCAUUGCUACUGUUGGCGGUCAAUAUAUAUGGGCUCGCUUGCAGUCGUUCUCCAUUUUUCGUAGAUGGGGUGAUUCUGAGCAGAGGCCACUGGCACAACGAGUAUGGACUUUGAUACAACGUAUUGAGGGACUUUAUAAGGCUGCUUCAUUUGGCAACCUACUCAUCUUUCUUUACACAGGACGAUUUAGGAACCUUGUUGAGAGAGUCUUAAGAGCAAGGCUAGUCUAUGGAAGCCCUAAUAUGAACCGAGCCGUUAGCUUUGAGUACAUGAAUCGCCAAUUAGUGUGGAAUGAAUUUUCGGAAAUGUUGCUGCUGCUGCUUCCUCUUCUUAAUUCAUCAUCCAUUAAAAACUUGCUUAGCCCAUUUUCAAAAGACAAAUCUUCCAGUUCCUCAGUAGAUGAUGGUAAUUGCCCUGUUUGCCAGACAACUCCAACCAUUCCAUUCCUGGCUCUCCCCUGUCAGCACAGGUACUGCUACUACUGCCUUCGAACACGAUGUGCUGCAUCUCCAUCUUUCCGGUGUCCGAGAUGCAGUGAACCAGUGGUAGCUAUGCAGCGGCAUGGCAGUUCAGCCAGUCAUACAAAUUCUUAGUCAAUGAAUGAUAGAGAACAGUAGGAAGAAGAUAAACAAUAGAGUACUGUAAUGUGCCUAAAUUAGGCAUACAUACAAUUGAAGCAAAGGGAUGAAGAGUUUCCUGUAGAAGCAAUUAUUCCCCUAAUUGAGCCGGGAAUCAUUCUUUGUCUCCAUUAUUAUGCAAAAUUAAAAAAAUUCUUUUAGCUGGCUCACAAAUAAUUCUUCAAAAGCUCUCCAAUUCUUGGCUUCUUGAUUUACAGUUGCAUACAGAAACGUUUCGGCAGCUUAUUUGAAUUAUUGGAGUUUGACUCAUAGUUGGGUCCUAUCAAAGUCUUUUGAUUUCUGUAUAUGAAUUGGUUCAUGUGAUUACAACAAAUAAAAGCUCAUAUCAGUGGCUUCAAUCACUAUUGACGAGAGAAGCAAUUGUUGGGUUUUCUGUUUUUCAUGAGAAAUGCGUAUGGUUCAUUCAUGUCUCCAACUCAAAGCCUCACUUUUUGAGUGGAAGCGUGUGCAAAGCUUGAUGUUAUUUAUCCCUUUAUCGGAACCAAACACAAGAUUGGAAACAAGAUAAGAAAACUUUGGUGCUUUGACCCAAAAUAGCUUUGCCUUCUUUAA